GACAGGAUUCCGAGUGACUCUCUUGCUUUCCACCCAGUAUGCGUGUUACGCCAUCGGCAAAGAUGUUCAGGCCAUGAAAGCCGUGGUGGGAGAAGAGGCCCUCUCAGCCGAUGACCUUCUCUACUUGGAGUUCCUGCAGAAGUUUGAGAAGCAGUUCAUUGCUCAAGGCGCCUACGAGAACAGGACCAUCUUCGAGUCCCUGGACAUAGGAUGGCAGUUGCUCCGGAUCUUCCCCAAAGAGCUGCUGAAACGGAUCCCGGAAAGCAUCUUGGCCGAAUAUUACCCCCGUGAGGCCAAAGGGAAUCCAGGCUCCGACACGGCCCUCUGAAUCCCGGUCU